AGAUAUCCUCAAUUUAAAUGUGUCUAUAAGAUAGAAAUGAGUAUUUUUAUUCUGAAAACAUGCAUUAUUCCAAAAUAAAAUUGUCAAACUAAGCAUCCUUGGAUAUUGCAAAAUCCUUAAACGUGAAACCCAAAAUAUCUUAUUUGAAUAGUUAUUUACUCAGUUGUAACAUUUUAAAACUAGAAUAGACAAAAUGUAAUUAUUCAUGCUAAAAUUAGGAUGCCGUAAAGCCAAUGACCAAAAAUAUGUAUAUAGCUCUUAAAACUAAAGACAUUUUUAGAAAAAAAAAGUUAAAUCUUGGCAAGUGGCAAAUCGUGCAGUGUAUACAUGUAUACACAGACUGUGUAUUCUAUAUCUAACACAGCUGUUAUUUUCAUUGCAUCAUAUGAGGCGCCCUAUACAUGAACAAAACCUUUUUAACGGGAGGAAAUGCUCUGGUGGAUUUUUGCAGGCAGAUUCUAGGUUAGAUCUUAAAAAUGCAAAAAUAAUAAAAUGUGCACUGUCGAUACAUAUGGAGGUACAGUGUGUGUUUUAUUGCAACCCCAAAAAAGAUUUGCAAUAAAAGAAAAGCAUUUGAAAUGUAAAAAUAUUUUGAUUGCAAAUUUUCUUUGGUUGCGUAAAAAUACAUUUAUCUCCAAAAUGAACAGCUUGUUUGGGAUUUAUUAUAUUAAUUUAGUACGGAUUAUUUUGCUCCUGUUUUUUUAUUAUUAUUUUAUUUUGCAAAUGUAUGCUUUGUUUACCAUCACCCUUUCCAGUACAAAACCAUCCACAAAUGUUGAUUUUGUCUGCAGUGCAUAUUAAACAUGCAACAGUGUUGUCUGUCUAAUUGUAAAUAAUGCAGACGAGGCGUGUUAGCUGAGUUCUCAACGUUUACUCACACAGCGUGCUGAUAAUCACAUUCUAGCUGCCGGUAUGGCGACAUACUACCUUCUUGGGGCUACCGCGCAUGCUCGUUAUUACUGUUGCAUGCUGGGUAGUGUAGUUCUUGUAUUCUCGGCCUAGUCCUAGCUCAUAACAUCACACCAACUAAACGACUGGGCGGGGCUUAAUCAUGUCCACACGUCAACCGCUCUAACCUUCAUGAAGUGUUUCGUCGCUUUGAAAGAUUAACUCGGGUUGCUCAAGUCAGUUUCUAUGUUGGCGACACAUACACCAAGAUGUCUCUAUAGCCCACAGAACGCAGGAUGCGAUGUUAUCUGCGUGCAUUUCUCCUGUGCGCCGGGGUCGCCUUCGCGUCGGUCACCGCGGAGGAUAGCCGGGGGAGGGGGAUCAGCGAGCUGACGGUAUCCGACGCAGGGAGGCAUGAUGCGGGGACCGUUGUCAGGAAAAGCCCUGGAUUGACGGGCCGCGAACUGGACCGGUGUAAAUCACAGCCAGUUUCUUCCUGGAAUCCAUAUUGGAGACGGCCUACUGAUGUUUGUGGACUCAACUGCUUUUUGGAAUCGUCCUUUAGAGACGACAAAAAGGCAGUCUAUGAAGCCGAGAAGCAAAGCGAGGAGAGCAGUCACGUGGCCGUGGUAGCCUGUGGACCCCGGCUGGACGAGACUCUAACCAUGCUGAAGUCUGCCGUCCUGUUCAGCAAAAAGCCUGUGAAAUUUUACAUCUUUGCCGAAGACGAGCUUCACAGCAGCUUCAGAGAUGCGCUUCACUCCUGGCCUCGAUCUGUUCGGGCUCGGUUCAACUUCACCAUCUACUCCAUCAUUUUCCCUACGGAGAAUGAGAACGAUUGGAGGAAACUCUUUAAACCGUGUGCCUCUCAAAGGCUCUUUUUGCCAGUAUGUUCAUCCAACAUCUUCAGCAAUCAAACAUCUGCAAAAAUAAUGCUAAAAAAUAAAUUUGCUAUUUUCCCUAAGCUCAUCCUGAAGGAGGUGGACUCCUUGCUGUAUGUGGACACAGAUAUCCUUUUUCUGCAGCCUGUGGAAGACAUCUGGGCCCUCUUCACGGAGUUCAACGCAAGCCAGCUGGCCGCCGUGGCUCCAGAACACGAGGAGCCACGUAUCGGCUGGUAUAAUCGCUUCGCCCGCCACCCUUACUACGGACAAACUGGCAUCAACUCAGGGGUCAUGCUCAUGAACAUGACACGCCUCAGGGAAACUUUUUUUAAGAAUGACAUAACUGCUGUUACACUUAAGUGGAGUGAAAUAUUGAUUCCCCUCCUGCACAAGUACAAACUCAACAUCACCUGGGGGGACCAGGACCUUCUCAAUAUCAUAUUCUACCAUAACCCAGAAAGCCUCUAUGUGUUCCCCUGCCAAUGGAACUACCGUCCAGACCACUGUGUUUAUGGCAGCAACUGCAAGCUGGCAGAGAAGGAGGGCGUCUUCAUUCUUCAUGGGAACAGGGGAGUCUACCAUAACGAAAAGCAGCCAGCGUUUAGAGCCGUCUAUGAGGCCAUCAAACAGUACUCCUUUGGCGACAACAUGGAGACCUCACUGCUUCAGCCCCUGGAAGCAUCUCUACGGACCACCACAUAUUCUUAUUGUGGACGGGUGAGCCACCUGUUUACAAAGAAGCUGAAACAGAGUAUAAAGUCUGUCAUACAGGGAAGGUGAUUACGGUAGUCCAGAAAUCACACCCCAACUCCCAAUACCGUAAUUUAGAUCUAUUCUGUCAAGUAUCAUAUUUUCCAGACUAUAGAGCAGACUGGUAUAUUAGCCGCACCACAGGGUGUAGGCUAGUAUAGUACCGCCAUACUAUUGAAUCAUAUCCGGUACUAUACCGCCACUAAAAGGUACCGCCCCCACCCCCCCUCAUGACAUAGCUGGUCUUACAAGCAGAGGAGCAUGUUUGGCAGUGCACAAUCACAGUACUUACAAGCAGACACGGUGUGUAGACAGAAAAAGGAGAAUGGAAGUAUUUCGGCCAAAAAAAGUAAAGAUAAAAGUGAAGUUAUAACACUGAAACGCCCUCAGGAAGGGGUGCUUUAAGACAUGGCUAGCUAGCUAGCGGCUACUGUCCUUCCGCAGUCGGAGGUGUUUUAGCUACCUCUAAUUCACUAAUCCUGGCCUCAAUGGCGACAAAUAAAGUGCGUUUCUUACAAGUAUUAUUUUCACUGCAGGACGAGGAAUGGCUAAACUUACUUAAACACCGUAGGAUACAAUAGUUCACCGCUAACAAAAGCUAGCGCUCCUCAAUGUAAACAAAUUCACUAUCAUUACAGUGGAUCUACACCUGACAUCCACUGUAAUGAUACCAAGUACAAUAGGAUUUCUAGUCAUUAUUACUAUGAUUACAUCGAUAUAUUUUUUUAAUCAUGGCAAAAUCUUUUUUAUUCAUAUUAUGUUUAUAAACUCAGUAAAUACGUCCCUGGACACAUGAGGACUUUGAAUAUGACCAAUGUAUGAUCCUGUAACUACUUGGUAUCGGAAUGGGUGGAAUCAUUCAAAACUAAUGUAAAGUAUCAGACAACCGAAGAAUAAGUGAUUAUUACAUUUUAACAAAAGUGAACAGAAAAUACCCAAAUCCAUCCAUCCAUCCUUUUGAGGUUGUGGGGAGUCGCUGGUGCCUCUCAGAUGCAUUCGGACGGUAGGCGGUGUACACCCUGGACAAGUCGCCACCUCAUCGCAGAAAAUAAUCAAAUAUUAACAGUAUCUGAACAAGUAGCUAAUAAUUCAUUUUUAAACUUUGUCUUUCAUAAUGAUGACAAAAUAAUAGAAUAUAAAUGACACAAUAUGUUACUGCAUACGUCAGACUAAUUAGGAGCCUUAGUUUGCUUACUUACUAAUAAAAGACAAGUUGUCUAGUAUGUUUACUAUUUUAUUUAAGGACAAAAUUACAAUAUGAAACAUAUGUUUAAUGUACGGUACAUUUUUUUGUUAAGAUGAAGCCAAUAAUGCCAUUUUUUGUCAUCUUCUUCAUUUAGAAAAGUAUGACAAAACAUUUGUGUACCAGUACCUAAAUACUGGUAUCAGUACAACCCUAGGUGCGCUAAAAAAAUGACAAGAAAUGACAGGCAAAAGUCAAUUUCUAGUUCCUAACCUGUUUUAAACACUUUUGAAAGUAUGUCAUGACUAAUUCUGCAAAUCUGCCCCUCCGCCCAACCCACCAAGUAGUCUGUGGGAAAGAUGAAUCUUCGUGUUUUAAGUAAAUAAACGACCUGUAUCUUUGAAUAGUUCCAUGCCCUUCAUCUGUUUUCAAACAGUUCCACGGCUUUCUUCAAAGAUUUUUGGUACAUGCCUCCCAAUAAGCUGCAUGACAAACACACAGGGGCCUACUGAAUUAUUAUCUAUUUACAACUGCCAUACUGUGUGUGUGAUUUGUGUGGUACUACUUAAUUUUUUAUGUGUUUGAGUGCUGCUUCAUAUGAAAUACUGCCAUCACUUCCUUUUCAUUUUCCCCCUCACCAUGGAAGAAAACAUGUCGAGAUUACUUUGGCCCUCCAAAGAUUAUUACAUUUCACAGCAGAAGUGACAAUCAGAAAGAGGGGGAUAUGUAUUAAUGGCAAGAUCAUGACAAUAAUAAGAGGAAUAAUACAUUUUGUUUAGAAGCACUUUUCAAAAAAACUUAAUUCGCAACAAGUAAAAUUAACAGAAUAUAUGACUUCAUACACACUACCUACAGUCCAGUAAGGUAGAAUAAAGAACAAUUGUUCCUUUCUAUUAUCACAUUUUGGUACAAAUGAGUGACUUGUGACAAAGCCAAGCAAAUUAAUGACUUGAACUGGUUGUGUUAUGUCUUUAAAUUAAUUAUUUAUAUUAUAUUCAAUAUUUGUACGAGCAAUGUACACAGCUGUAAUGUUUGCAGCUGAUGCUAGCAUUAAACUUGAAUGUCUUAAAGUAAAGUGGAAAAUCAAGUUGACUUCAUAUGUUUUAGUUUCAUUGUGUACAUUAAACCAUAUCCAAUUGUAUUUACACCACAAAGUAGGUGAAAACGCUGUUUGAACAUCACAAAAUGCCACAAAUUCAGUCAGCCAUUUUGAAUACCUUUGGCUAUUUUUGGAGAUUGACAUCACGGUAGUAACACUUCUGCACUCUGACCAUGUUAUUAGAUUUGUUGUUUAUCAUUCACAAUCCUUAUAGGCUUGGCUUUUCUAUGCAAUUGAAAUCGUAAAUAAAUAGCCAACAAUUGAUUCAACAGAUGGAGGAUCCUCUCAUUAUACUCUAAAACAGUGGUUCUCAAAUGGGGGUACGUGUACCCCUGGGGGUACUUGAAGGUAUGCCAAGGGGUACGUGAGAUUUUUCAAAAAUAUUCUAAAAAUAGCAACAAUUCAAAAAUCCUUUAUAAAUAUAUUUAACAAUAAUACUUCAACAACAUAUGAAUGUAAGUUCAUAAACUGUGAAAAGAAAUGCAACAAUGCAAUAUUCAGUGUUGACAGCUAGAUUUUUUUGUAGAUAUGUUCCAUAAAUAUUGAUGUAAAAUAUUUAUUUUUUUGUGAAGAAAUGUUUAGAAUUAAGUUCAUGAAUCCAGAUGGAUCUCUAUUACAAUCCCCAAAGAGGGCACUUUAAGUUGAUGAUUACUUCCACAUAUUUGUCGAAAUCUUCAUUUAUAAUUGAAUCACUUGUUUAUUUUUCAACAAGUUUUUAGUUAUUUUUACAUCUUUUUUUCCAAAUAGUUCAAGAAAGACCACUACAAAUGAGCAAUAUUUUGCACUGUUACCGUAAUUUCCGGACUAUAAGCCGCUACUUUUUUCCCUCGUUCUGGUCCCUGCGGCUUAUACAACGGUGCGGCUUACGGUAACCAGGGGCGCGCACUACCGAGGAUGCGCGAGACCGAGGCAGACAUCUGGCGCCAGGUAACGAGAGCAAAACAAAGAGAAGGCGAGCGUCAGCGACAGUUUGCGCGAAGGAAGUGUUCAUGCAAACACCCUUAAUAUGGAAAACAAACAGAGAAGUGCAUAAGAUGCUGCUUUUAAGUUAAAGGCAAUCGAUCUGGCUGUCAAAGAAGGAAAUAGAGCUGCUGCACGUACCCUUGACAUCAAUUAAUCAAUGGUGAGACAUUGGAGACGACACCAUGAAGACUGCACUUUUACUGCCGUGUUACAGGCGAGCACUUUGUAUUACUUUGCACCGUUGUAUUAUUUGUACUCUGCACGAAUGCUGUUCGCCAUGUCAAAGAUGUGAAAGUUUGAUUGAACGAUUGAAAGAUUUAUUGUUAAUAAAUGGGACGCUUUGCGUUCCCAAACUGUCA